GGAGCCGAGGGAGGCGGCGGAAGGCGGGUGCGCGUGGGGCUCUGCUGACCGUUGUCCCCUCCGCCAGUGCCCAGGGACAGCUCCCUCGCCGCCUCCUCUCCCCUGCCCCCCCUCCCCGGCUCAGGUCACAUCUGCACAGCUCAGCCGGGGAGGGGAGGAGCCCUCCAGCGCGGAACCCGGGCUCUCCACUCGGCCCGCCCCUGAGGGGCGUGGGAGGGCGGGGCCGCGGACUUCGGACUCCAGCCCCCGACGCUCCUCUUUCCCUGCCGCUCUCAGCCAUCCCCCAGCGGUGAGGGAGCCAUGUCCGUGCUACUGGGGCUCCGGCCCGAGGUGCAGGACACCUGCAUCUCGCUGGGACUAAUGCUGCUGGUCGUGCUGUUGGUGGGACUGGCCCGCGUGAUCGCCCGGCAACAGCUGCACAGGCCCAUGGUCCACGCCUUCGUCCUGGAGUUUCUAGCCACCUUCCAGCUCUGCUGCUGCACUCACGAGCUCCAAGUGCUGGGCGAGCAGGACUCCGCGCACCCCACCUGGACACUGACACUGAUCUACUUCUUUUCCUUGGUGCAUGGCCUGACCCUGGUGGGCACAGCUAGCAACCCGUGCGGCGUGAUGAUGCAGAUGAUUCUGGGGGGUAUGUCCCCCGAGACGGGUGCCGUGAGGUUGUUGGCUCAGCUGGUUAGCGCCCUGGGCAGCAGGUACUGCAUAAGCGCCCUGUGGAGCCUGAGUCUGACCAAGUACCAUUACGACGAGAGGAUCUUAGCUUGCAGGAAUCCCAUCCACACCGACAUGUCCAAAGCGAUCAUCAUAGAGGCCAUCUGCUCCUUUAUUUUCCACAGCGCUCUACUGCACUUCCAGGAGGUCCGAGCCAAGCUUCGCAUCCACCUGCUGGCUGCACUCAUCACCUUUUUGGCCUAUGCAGGAGGGAGCCUCACAGGAGCCUUGUAUAACCCAGCACUGGCCCUUUCUCUGCACUUCCCGUGCUUUGACGAACUCUUCUCUAAGUUUUUUGUAGUAUACUGGCUUGCUCCUUCUGUAGGUGUGCUGAUGAUGAUUCUCAUGUUCAGUUUUUUCCUUCCGUGGCUGCAUAACAACCAAAUGACUAAUAAAAAAGAAUAACUACUCCCAAAGACUCAAACUAAAGUCACAGGACACUCAAGCUGGAUGUGAUGAUCUGAGUAUCCUCCAAACUCUGGACUCCUGUUUCAGAUUCCUCUGUGGAAGGUGUCUUAAUGUUUUUACUACCUGGACUUAAAAUUACUGUGAAAAUGAGGUAGCCGGUAUUUCUCAGUUAAGACUUGUUCUCGAGUGAUGUAUUAAAUGCUGCUAGAAAAGGCUCAUUCAUUAAACAUCUACAAAUCCCAAGUCAUUAGUAACUGUGAUGAAAAGAACAAGAGAAAAUAAAGUGAAGCAGGCGGGGCAUUGGGUGGGCAGAAACAAGAAAUUCUGUAUCAAGGUGGCCUCUGAAGGAGGUGGGCUCCAGAACUGGAGGGGCUUACUCACAGGCUCCACAAGGUGCUUUCCAGCCACAGCUUCUUAGUGACAUCAUCAGUGGUGGCAUCUUUUAGCAGGAAACUUGUUUUGGGGAAAACCUUUUAUAUCCACUAAUCUUCAACAGGUUUCCCACUGGUUUGACAGGGUCUUCCUAGUAGCCUGGCUGGCCUCCUUUGCCUCUGCCUCCCAAGUGCUGGGAUUAUAGGCAGGGAUGCGCCACCACAACAAGGGUUUUCUGCUUUGUUUUUAUUUUGGAGUAAAGACACUUACAAUGUAGCCCAGGCUGCCCUUGAACUCACAUCUUCCAAGUGCUGGAUUGUAAAUAUGUAUUACCCCAACCACCUCAGUCUUCCUAGAUUUUAAAUAUAUUCUAAUACCUAAAAUAUUUAAGCAGACAAUUUCAGACAAACUGUCUUAAUACACACACAGCCAGGAUCUGGUCUUUCCAUGUUCCCAACUGUACGCCACCUGGAGAAGCAGGUAGGUGUUCUUUCUGUGUCCUUUAUUUUUGUAAUGAUACACUGAAGUGCUCAGGAACAGCUAAUGACAUAAUGAGGAAAUGGAUUCUACCCUCCACUUUACAAGAUGAGAUGCUGAGCGCAGGUGUGCUGUGUGACUGUUUCCCCCCCCCCCACACACACACACAUACACCGGGGGCAGAUGCACGCUUUACACUUCCACAUCAGCACAAAAUCCUUUUCAGUUAUUAGUGACUGGAGAGAGGUUCUGGAGAAAACAUUCAACUUUCUCAAUUAAAAUUUAAAACUCAGUAUUUUCUCUUUUUCUUCUUUGUGUAUGAGUGCAUCUAUGUGCACAUGUGUAUACAGGACCCAAGGAGGCCACAACAGGGCUCCGGGUCCCCUGUAGCUGGAGUUACAGGUGAUCAUAAGCUGCCCUGGGUGCUGGGAACCAAACUUGGAUCUGUAGGAAGAGAUCCUCUGAACCUCUGCGCUCUCUCCAAUCCUCUAGUAGUCUUGCUAGUACCUUUUGAAGCUUAAAAAGCCCUUUCUCCACUGCAAGCCUUACUGAAGUCCAGUUCAACUCUAAUUUUAUUUCAUUACUUUGUGUGUAAAAUGCAUGGGUGCAUGCAUGCCACAGCAUACAACAGAGAUCAGAUGACAUCUCCACGGAGCCGGUUCUGUCUUUAUGUGGGUUCUGGUGAUGGAACUUGGUUGCCAGGCUUGGGUUGCAAUGCCUUAAUCCCGCUAGGCCAUCUUACCAGCCUGAAGUCUAAUUUCAAAAAGUCCAGGCCACAAUACUAGUUUUUAAAAGGGGUUGGGAGUAGAGGAUCAGAGGUAAGUGGCAUGCACUGCGUAACAUGCACUGUGUAACAUGCACUGCGCCGGGAUGAGCUUGCAGUCAGGUGACCAGAAGCUCUGCCGUGUACUAUGAAUCACAACAGUACUUAAGGGUGAGGCUUCAGACUGUGACCUGAUACAUUCACAAAGCCCUCCCCCAGGGAUGUGUGCACCCCUAAAUCUGCCUCCAAGUAAAAUCUUU